AUGGCUCCUAUUCAGAACUAUAAAGAUUCCGUUGCAAUCAAAGCGUUGACGUCUUUAGUUGAGCGAUGUACGAAUGACCCAAAACUGGCAAACGACAAAAAUGUUCACAUCAUAAUCAACACAGAGAAACCGAUUGGGCUCAAAAAUGACUACAUACCUCGGAUCAUUCCACUAAAGCAUAACAAAUUGCAUAAACCAAGUGACCUGCGAAUCCUUCUAAUCACGAAAGAUCCAUCUACACUGUACAGAAAAACACUUACAGAGGAUCCCGCCACAGCUGAUCUUUUUAAAACUAUCCUUUCCGUGAGAAAUCUCAAGGGCAAAUAUCGGGGAUCUCGGCUUAGUAAGUUGUUCAAGGAAUAUGAUAUAGUUGUGGCCGAUUAUAGAGUACACCACCUUUUGCCACAAAUUCUGGGAAGUUCCUUCUUUCAUAGCAACAAGAAACUACCAUAUAUGAUCCAGAUGUCUCGCACGCAAAAGGUGAAGCGCGAAAAACUACCAGAAGAAUGCGAUGCGGCCUAUGUUCGUGCGCAGCUGAAAAGUAUCACAAAGAAUUCAUCAUACGUCCCCAAUGUGGAUAAUUGCCUGAGUGUGAAGGUCGGCAGAAUUGGGUAUCAUACACCUCAGGAGAUGGCUCAAAAUAUACAGGACAUUGUUCAGUUUCUUACCGACAAGUCCAAAAAACCGCAAGGUGGUGUCAUCCGUGGUGACAUUGCCGCUCUUUUCGUGAAAACCAGUAACAGUGUCAGUCUUCCGAUAUUCAAAGCCGAGAAACAGUCUGCAACUCAGGCAGACGAGGAGUUGAGGCUGUAG